UUUGUCUGUUUCCUUUGUUUUCUUUCUUCUUUUAGUCAUAUAACUCUAUCACACAGUCACACACAAACACACACUUCACCAUUCAUCCAAGAUGGAGAACAUCCAGCACAGUCAUGUAGAAGUGAAGGGACUAAAGCUCCAUGUAGCUGAGAUCGGAACUGGUGAAAAGGUAGUGGUUUUCUUGCAUGGAUUCCCAGAAAUAUGGUAUACUUGGAGAUACCAAAUGAUUGCUGUUGCAAAUGCUGGAUACCGUGCUAUUGCCUUUGAUUUUAGAGGCUAUGGACUUUCAGAUCAUCCAGCAGAGCCGGAAAAAGCAACUAUAAUGGACCUUGUUGAUGAUGUCAAGGAUCUUUUAGAUACAUUAGGUAUCAGCAACGCUAUCCUUAUUGGUAAGGACUUUGGUGCCAUCCCAGCAUAUCUUGUAGCUGCUGUCCAUCCAGAAAAAGUAGCUUCUGUCAUAACUUUAGGCGUUCCUUUCAUACUUCCCGGUCCUUCUGCUGUCCAAAACCAUCUUCUUCCAAAAGGCUUCUACAUCACUAGGUGGCAGGAGCCUGGUAGAGCAGAAACAGAUUUUGGCCGAUUUGAUGUUAAGUCAGUAAUAAGGAACAUAUAUACACUCUUUUCUAAAAGUGAGGUGCCGGUAGCAGGUGAUGAUCAAGAAAUAAUGGACUUGUUUAACCCAUCUACUCCCCUCCCACCAUGGUUCUCUGAGGAAGACUUGACAGCUUAUGCAUCACAAUAUGAAAAAUCUGGCUUCAGAUUUGCACUGCAGGUUCCAUACAGGUCUCUCACAGUGGAAAGUGGCCUAAUUGAUCCUAAAGUAAAUGUUCCUGCACUGCUGAUAAUGGGUGAGAAAGACUAUUGUUUCAACUUUCCUGGCAUGGAAGACUACAUUCGAGGUGGGGUUGCGAAAAAUUUUGUGCCAAAAUUGGAAACUAUAUAUAUUCCAGAAGGAAGCCAUUUUGUGCAUGAACAAUUCCCAGAGCAAGUGAACAAGCUCAUCAUUGAAUUCCUUGAUAAACAAAGCAUUUGAUUUGACUGUGGUAGUUGAGGCUAAGAGUCUCAUGCUUAAUGUUGUGUAUGACAAAUAAUUCCCUUGUCUGGUGUGGUGUGAAUGUGAUUUCUAUUCCAAUAAGUAAUUAGAGCAAGAACUAUGUAGGAUUUAUUCUACAAUCAUUAACAUAGUCUACUAUGAGAUAUUUUUUAUCUGGUAAAUGUUAGUAUCGUUAGUAUUAUGUUGUAGAUGCGAA